AUGGAGGUCGAGACGAACGAUGAGGCGCGCGUUCGUCGUGGCAUCGUGGAGGCAACAGUAGAGCACUACCCUUUGCUAUCAGAGACACAGGAAGUUAACAGCAAAGUGGCGUCGUCGUCCGGAACUGCUCUCUCGUGUGUAAAGCGACUCAAUGACUCCCUUUCCAAGCUACAAAGCCUUAGUCAGACGAUGGUGCGAGUAGGCCAACAGUGGCGCAGGGAGAAGCAAGUGGCUCUCAGCACAGUGGCGCAGCACCAGAAGUUGCUUGCCUUUCUAGAGGCACCUGCCGUACUCAAUGACUGCAUCCAAAAUGAGAUGUACCACGAGGCGCUGAUGGUUCUGGAGCACAUCACACGAUCAGCGCAGCCGAUGGACAAGGUGGAGCUGUUCCGUCGUGUGGAGAGCGAGGUGCGUUGUACGUUGGAAAAGGCGUUGGCCGAAGUUGUCCUCCCACGCUUAGCAGAGCAGCUAACUGUUGCAUCUGCCGUUAAGGUGACGACCUUUUUUCGCAGGCUCGGUAUUGCUGAGAGCCAAAUACGGCAGCUUUUCCUCUGGAAGCGUGCGGAGUAUGUGGACAACAUACUGCGUGAUGCGGAGGAGGGUGGUGUACCGUACUCGCGCAUAUUUAGGUACGUAACGGCCUUCAAGGUUCAUGUGAGUGAGGCCAUUCUGCAGUACACCGCUUGUUUUUCCUUGGUGACAGAGGGUGAGCCAUGCAACGAGCUCGUUGGAUGGUGUCAUGAGCGGGCCUACGUCUUCGUUGAUUGCUUCCGCGCUUCUCUAGAGAAAAUCAGAAACGGCUCCGAGCUGGCUUCGGUCAUUGAGCAGUGCUGGAACAGCGCUGCCACCACGACGCUGGUGCACAUGGAUGUCUCUGGGCUCAUCAACGAGGCACUUGCCGCCCGCGUCAAGGCGCUGUUCGCCGACCAGAUCGCCCUCGCCGUGCAGUCGUACACUGCUGCCAUGAUGACGUACUCGUGGCGCCCUCCGGCUGGGCUUCAGUGGAGCUCCCCGCAGAAGCGGCCGGUGCCAGUGCCGUCAGUGGCUGCGCCAGUGCCGCCGCCAGUGAGCCUUGUGCAGUGGCUGCCGCUCGCCUACGCGCUAAACGGACUCCUUACUGCAUUUAACACUAUCCGUAAGUGUGUGAUUCCUGGUGUCGAGCUCUUCUGUGUCGCAAAGGUGGAAGGUUUAUUGCAGACGAUGGCGAAGGACCUUGCGCGAGACAAGGAACUUCUGAUGUCGGUAGAGGGGGGUGAGAAGCAGGUGUACCUGCUUUUUGUGGACGCAUUCGUUCACGACUUUUACCCCCACAUUCUGGCAUCAGCGCGAGAGUUGCUGAGCAGUGAUGCGGAGCGCCUCUUGACAAGCGGCAUGCGGAGCAGUAUUGAGAGUUUGCGAAGUAUUCUUCCCGGAGACACCGACCACGCUCUGGAUGAGGCCCCACAGCCGGCGGGAAAUGCCCCUGAAGAGGGAACCACCUCAGCGACUAUCUCGGCUCCCGCCAACACCGACACAACUGCGGCUUUUGCUGAGCUGUAA